GCAAAAUCAAUCAUUUUCUUUCCGAAGUCAACGAAAGAAGAAAGACAAGCGAAGGCACACCAAGAAUACUGUACAACCAUCCUUCUUCACCGCGUUGUUGCUCAUUGCAGUACCUACUUCGAAAAAGAACUACGGCGAAUCGAAUAACGAUUACGGAGAAAAAACAGGACAAUACAAUCAACACCAUGGCGUACCAGACUAUAUUUGGAUUUCAGAGUCGCAGGCGGCGUCGAACCAUUCAUUCCUCUUCGUGUUCGGUUGCCAACUUUUCUCGGUUGAUAACGGUGCGUCUCUUUCGGAAGUUGAACCGAAUUCUUUUGCUUUCCUUGAUAUUUGCUCACGAUGCCGCUUUUUUCCAUGUUCUUCUGCCCAAUCGGAUUCAUCAAAACGCAAAAGCAGAUUGCUAUCUUCGCGGUCCUUGCAAUGUCUGGAACAAAAACGAUGAUGUUCGGAGACGAAAAAAGUAUCAGCAAUAGAAAAAACAACAUUUCAAUGUUUGCAUUGGCCAUCAAGCCUAUACGAAACUUGCACGUAACGUACCGGGGCCAAACACACACGAUCCGGGAGGGAGUUACCACCGUCAAGGAAUUGACCGCUCAGUUUGAACGAUUGAGCAACAACAAUAUGAAUAUCGGCAAUCACGUGCCAGCCAAGGGCAUYGUCUGGAAGGGAAAAAUCCUUAAACCGGGCGACGAUUUGUCCGAAGCGGGAAUAAAACACGGGGACCGCGUCAUGAUUUUGCCGGGUGACCACGACGCAAAGGGUGUUGAUAUCUUGGCCGUCUAUCUUUUCCUCCUGUCGAGCAACGAGAAAGCCAUCGACGAGGCGAUUGCCAACGUAAAAGAGGAACAACCGGAAUUGUUUGAAUCGAUGCAAGAWAUCCCUAGUUCUUUGUUGAGCGUGAUAAACGAAAUGAAACGAAAAGAUGUUGCCGACUUCUUUCGGACUUCUUUAGAUGCGUCCUAUCACAGACUUCGAGGGUGGUGGGAGCGUCCGUCCCUUCGACAGGGAUUGCACGAUCCAGACCGGAUCGAAAAUUAUCGAAAGGUCAUCUCCACCAAUCUUUCAAAGGGAUUCUUGAAGAAGUACUUUCCGCCCUCCAUGCAAAAAGCCAUCCAAAAACCAGAUUUGUGGAGGAGGGAAUUUKCCAAGGUCGUGACGAAGGCCAUCCGGGUCGGGGACACGAUUUUGGAAGGGCUCUUGGACUUGUUGCUUGAUAUUUUGAAAGGAAAGGGCUCUUCUGCGGCGAGUGCUGCCAUGAACGGUUAUACAACGACACUGUCUCCGCCAGUAGACGAACCAUCAGCAAGCAGUUUGGCCGACAGCAUCACCGAUCAAAUGAACGAUCCUUCGCUUGCCAAUAAUCUCUUGUUUGAAUUAUCCGAAUCCGAAGAUGACUACGGAGAGGAAGAGUUUUGAUAAUAUCUACAUAUGCACUGAAAAAUAGCAACAGGCCAUCGCAGGAAAGAGGCGCUUUGCUUGGAAUGGUUUUAUGAACUAAAUAAAAUGUAUAUUACAGCCACCGCUGCACGUAUUGGGAAUCUGGUUACGCUYAAUUGCAGGUUGAAUUUCAAAAUCGAGGCACAGAAAACGCUUUUCUUAAUAGCUUUUAUGAAUUGUUUUCUUUCGUGCUACUGCGGAUGCUGGAUUUGCUGCUAAUAUGUCCUACARUACUGCGACGAGGGAGUGCACUUCCUAUGCGCAGAGUACGAGUACUCUUGAAAUAUUUUUGACUCCGUAAGCAUCAAAAUACCAAGACAUACCAUUUUUAACCAUACGAACCAACUCUGAAUCAUGAGCAGCAAGCACUGUAUCGUAAGGUUUCUAACCGGGCAAUGAGYUAUAUAAURAUGGAACAACCACAAGAAAUUGCCGUUCUUAUCCGAGUGUGAAAUAGAUCGUCKGUUCGUUU